AUGACAUCCAAGAAGAGGGUGCUCCUGAAAGUCGUCAUCCUGGGAGAUUCAUGUGUUGGGAAGACCUCCUUAAUGAACCAGUAUGCCAUCAAGACAUUUAGUAACCAGUACAAAGCCACAAUAGGAGCAGACUUCCUGACGAAGGAGGUGAUGGUUGAAGACCAGGUUGUUGUAUUGCAGAUCUGGGACACAGCUGGCCAGGAGAGGUUCCAGUCUUUGAAUGCUGCGUUCUAUCGUGGAGCAGACUGCUGUGUGCUGGUUUUUGACUUGACAGCGCCCAAUACCUUCAAAUCGCUUGACAACUGGAAGGAAGAGUUUCUGUUCCAGGCCAGUCCUCGAAAUCCCGAGAACUUCCCAUUUGUGGUGCUAGGCAACAAGAUUGACUUGGAGAACAGACAGGUGACCACCAAAAGGGCUCAGGCCUGGUGCCAAAGUAAGAACAACAUCCCCUACUUUGAGACCAGUGCAAAAGACGCCACAAAUCUAGAACAGGCAUUCCAGACAAUUGCACGUAAUGCACUCAAACAGGGGACAGAUGUGGAGUUGUAUCAUGACUUCCCAGAGCCCAUAGUAUUUGGAGAGAAUGAUGAAUCUAAGUCUUCAGCAAAAAGAUGCAGCUGCUAA